UUGUCUUAAAAUCAAAGGGUAAAUUUAAAUGACUUUUUUCUUCAUGACAUCAAAGCACUAAACAAACCCAAAGAUGAACUGAACAAAUCAAAAGACAAAUUGAGGAAUAUCAGUAGGCUGUGAGAAGCAGCAAGCAGAAAUAGGAUUCCCUGGCUCCUGAAUGCCUCAGGACACCGUGUUGUAGAGGAAAGAGAAAAGAUAGCACUUCCAAAUCCAUCCAACUUCCAUUUGGGAUGGUGAAUUAUUACAAAGUUUUAGGACUGCAAAAAAAUGCCUCUCAAGAUGAUAUUAAAAAAUCCUACCGAAAGCUGGCACUAAAGUGGCACCCUGACAAGAAUCCUAACAACAAGGAAGAGGCAGAAAAGGAAUUCAAAGCUGUAGCUGAAGCAUACGAAGUUUUAUCAGACCCCCAAAAGCGCUCCAAAUACGACAGAUCUACCAAUGAAAGUAGGCAGAGAGGAGGGGGAAGUGCUACUGGAGGCUACUACAGCCCAUUUGGUUCUGACUAUGUAUUCCGUAACCCAGAAGAGAUCUUCAGGGAAUUUUUUGGAGGAAUGGACCCCUUUGUACAAGAUUUCUGGGACAGUUCACUUGACAAUGAUGGGAAUGGUAGUGAAAACAGAUACAGAGACCAUAGAAGAGGACCUGGCUUUGCUGGCUUUGAUGUGUUUCCUGAUUUUACACAGUCAUUUAUGUCAUUUGGUUCAUUCCAACCCGGUGAGCACACUACAUUUUCCUGCAGGUCCUUUGGAGGUGACACUAAUGGGUCAAACAAUUUCAGAUCAGUCUCAACUUCUACCGAAGUUGUCAAUGGCAGAAAAAUCACUACCAGGAAAAUCAUCGAGAAUGGACAAGAACGAACUGAAGUGGAAGAAGAUGGCCAGUUGACAUCCAUCAAAAUAAAUGGGAUGGAACAGCUGAAAUGCUAGCUAGUCACUUACUAUGCACGUGCACAGAAAAGUUAAAUGCAAGCUGUUUGGAAGACCUCAGAUGAACUUGUGUUUACUGAUCUACUGCAAGUAGAGGUAAUAAAGAGCUUGAUUGAAAUUGUGACACAAGGGGUGCUGACUUUUGCAUUAGUUGGAACAAUUCCUUUGCAGGUAAAGGUAUAUAGAUAUGUUCUUCAAGUAUAAUUUUAGUAAACCUA